CACUUCUUAUAUAUAUAAAAAAAUAUAUAUACAUCGUACAAAACAUGUAUAAAAAACAUAAAAGGUUGUUACUUGUUCUGCUUAUAAACUUUCUGAUUUUCAAUAUUCUUCAAAAUAUUUUUAAUAUAUUUUCACAAAAAGACAUAGCAGCGGAGCAUUUGUUUUAUGAUGAAUUUGAAAAGAGAGAAAAAGAAUACGAAAAGUAUAAAACAAUCAACGAAGCUAAAGAUGUUACCUUGAAAAAGUUUUUAAUAAGUGGCUUAUAUUUAAAUUCAAGAGAAGAACUUGAAAAAACAUUUACUGAAUUAGAUCCAAUAAAUUUACUUCCGACUGCAACAUUUGUAUUUAACGAAUUUAAAGAUAAAUUUCAAUUGAUUGAGAAUUCAAAAGAUUCAACUUUAACUUAUAGCUCAAAGACCAAGGUUGUUUCCAGUCUUCAACUUUUAGUCGAAACUAGUGAUGACAAAGUCAUUGAAUUUAAAAACGUCGUAACCGACAAUUUUAUCAAUAACCAAAAUAUUAAUAAAGAAGACAAUACUGAUCAUAGAGAUAAUACUAAUAAUUGGAAAAAUAAAAACUUACUCAAUAUGACUUUAACUAAUUACCCUGUUCAUACUUCUUCAAAUAGUAGUACUGUAGAAAUUAGCAAACCCAUUUCUACUUUUAAAAAUAUUAAUUUAGAAGCAUCAAAAGAUAUUCCAGUAUCACUAAACAAUCAGCAUAUACAGCUGACAUUUGUAGACAACGAAAAUACCGGAAAAGUAAAUAUUUAUUAUUACGAUGAUAUUUGCGGAGAAGACACUUAUGCAUUGACAUGGAACCCGCUUUUUCCUAGAUCUCCUUUCAAAGCCGAGGUAAGAGAAACUAUUGACGACAACAAGCUUAGCUUAAAUACAAGAUCUUUUCGAAAAAUAACUGGUUAUUUAUUGCCCUUAAUUUCAGAUUGGUAUACUUUUGAGUUGUCAUCUCGACUCGGUGCAGAAUUUAUUCUUUUUGAUAAAUACGAAAACUUUAGUUCAGGAAAAGUUCUUGAUAAUUUUUUAUUACGAACUAAAAUUUCAAGGAAUCAAAUUUUGAAAGAAGAUAAGACAAUUGGAAAGUGGAACUUAUUUAAAGCAAUAUCUGAGCCUGUCUUUUUAGAAAGUCAGAAAAAGUAUUUGUAUGACAUUACAAAUGUGUGGACGGUAUAUGGAAUGCUUCAAUUGAAAUGGAAAGCCUCAAAUAGUACAUUAUUUUCUUCAAUACCUUCUGCAAGUUUAUUUCCUUUGUAUAAAAUUCCUACAAUUAAUCCUGUGCUACCAAACAUUCUAUAUUUCAACAAAACAAAUAAUGAAAUAUAUUUUGAACAAGAUAAAAAAAAUAACUUUUUCAGAAUACCAUAUUUGAACAUGACACUUAACUUAAAAGAAUGUGCAUAUUCCCCUACUUACAUACCUAACAAUUUCCCACCUGAUUUAGGUACAGCGUAUGUUAGGAUUGAUUCGAUAUACCCAGAUAAUAAACUGUUACGUAACCAUGAUAAACAUGCUAACAUAUCUAUACCUUUAGUUGACAAUCAGAAAGCAGAAGAAGUAAUGCACAUUUUUCUGGAAGCCUUAAACGGAACAUUCACCAACCCAGAUAUUGUUCACAUAGAGGAAAAUAAAGAAGAAAUUUUAGGGAAACGCUAUUUUGUGGAAGUUGAUGUCAUUAAUAGUGGCUCAAGAUACCGUUCAAGUGGAUGGUUUUUUAAAUAUAAAAAUGGAAGUAUAUGUAAACCAAGUGGUUAUGUAUGGCGCUUGAAUGAAAAGAUUUAUCUUUUAACACCAAUUAAGAAUCAAUCAAGAUGGUUAAAGUUUCUCGUUGAUUUGUUAAACCAUAUUAUCACAACAACUGGCGAAAAAAACUUGCAUUUGAUAGUUGUGGAUUAUGAAAGUAACGAUGGAAACGUGUCAGAAAUUUUAGCUUCUUCAAAAUUUCCUUACACUUUACUAUUAAAAAAAGGAAACUUUAGUAAAGUAAAGGGCCUUAAUGCAGCCGUAAAAUCCAUAGUUGAAGAUGAUGCUUUGAUGUUUGUUCUUGACUUGCAAGUUCAAAUUCCUUUGUUUUUAUUUGAUAGCAUACGAAAGCACACGUUUAAAGGUCAAACUACGUAUGUUCCUGUUAUGAUAAGAUUAGGCUGUGGACAACACCCGUUUUACACUGAAGUUGAGUAUGGAUCAAUUUGGCAAGAAAUUGGCUAUGGCAUGAUUUCUAUCUUUAAAUCGGACUGGAACAAAAUAGGAGGCAUGGACGAAAAUCGUUUUGGCGAAAAGUGGGGUGGAGAAGAUUGGGAACUAAUUGAUCGUGUUUUAAAAAAUAAAAUUGAAGUAAUUCAUCAUAGAAUCCCUGGAUAUUAUCAUCUUUAUCAUUCGACAAGAGGAACCUGGGACGGUUCAAAACUAUUUUGAAAACUAGAUUUAUACCAUUAAACUGAAUUUAAUAUAAUAUAAAAUCUAAAAUUUA